AAUAACAACAACAACAACAACAACAACAACAACAACAACAACAAACAACAACAACAACAUAAGUAUCAUUUUCCAGAUAAAAGAUCUGUCACAAAGGCGCCAGAAUGACUGUUGCCAGCCUCUUCAGUUCUGUCAGUUAAACAAGGACCAAAGUAUGUUUAAUUAUCAGUGUAUACACCUCUUCACGGCGCUUGGACAAAGACUUGGACAUCUUGAAGAGGCGAUGACAGCCUAGGAAAGAUCUGGAAGCAGCGUGCUUUGAAUUGGUCACGAACAUUUCGUUAAAACGUGAUAAGAAUGCAUACUAAACAGCGAGUCAGAACCUAAAGGCUCUGUUCAGAAGUCAAAGGAGUAAGCUGGACGAUUUCUUUGUCUGGUAGACUUUGGUUUGAAACGGCGUUUUGUUGUUACACAUGCAAAGUCCAAACCGGGGUUUAGUUCUAGAACCAAGAGAAGCACAUCGACGUGAUAACGGUUCCAGGGAGAAGGAGGUUAGCAAGAUAGAGAGAAGCAACAGAGAGAACGAGAAGAAAAAGCAUAUCCACCAGUGGUGCCCUCCAACCAUGCACUUCAAAUGAAACCUAAUAUCUCAUGGCAAACAAAACAAAACAAAACAAAACAAAACAAAACAAGAUAACUAUCUGUUGUGGUCAAGUUGGAGCUUGAGUUGACGAUGGCGUGGAACACCUACCUGAACCUCAUCCUCGUCUGUUUAACCUACUGGGUGUACCAGAGUUACUACGUGUAUCGGAGGCCUGUCUACAAAGAGGUGACGAAGCUGAGGGCGGCGUAUGACUUUAUUAUUGUCGGAGGAGGCUCUGCUGGGAGCGUGCUGGCCGCACGUCUGUCUGAGAAUGAGCAGUGGACAGUUCUCUUGCUGGAAGCGGGCCCCUCAGACCUAGACCAGGCGGACAUAUACACUCCCACAGCCAUUGCUGACCUCUUAAUGAGUCAGUUUGAUUGGAAGUUUCACAGUGUUCCCCAGAACUUUAGCAGCCAGGGACUUGAAGGGCGUGUGACUACCGCACUCGCAAUCGUUGUUUUCAAGCAAGAUAGAGCUGUCGGUGUACAAUAUAGCCGAGGAAAAGACUCCCACACAAAGGUCUGGCGAGCUAAGGUCGAGAGAGAGGUCAUUCUGAGCGCAGGGGCCAUCAACUCUCCUCAGAUCCUUAUGUUAUCGGGAGUGGGCCCAAAGGAACACCUGCGAGCCAUGAAGAUUCCCGUGGUGUCAGAUCUUCCCUGUGAGAUUGAUAGAGCGGUUGCUGAACACUCCGCCGAUGAGAAACAUCGGAGCGAAGCUUCUCCGUUAUCCUUUAUACCCGAUGUGCACAGAGUUCGAGUUCGGAUCCGACCAAUACUGGCGGUGCUACAUCAGACAUGUGACUGCGACAACACACCACGCCAGUGGCACUUGUAGAAUGGGGGCGCCUGAUGACGUCACCGCUGUCCUUGACCCUCAGCUCAGAGUGAAAGGAGUCUCCGGUCUCCGUGUGGUGGACGCCUCCAUAAUGCCAGUCCUGGUGUCCUCCAACACCAAUGCGCCAACCAUCAUGAUUGCUGAGAAGGCUUCUGACUUGAUCAUUGAGGAUCACAGCGUAUCCUAACCCAAUACGGGUUCACCUUACCCACACGGACUAGGACGUUUUCGACUUAAUAAUUUUAUUGUUCUUUUGUCUUUCUUUUUUUUUAAAAAUAAAUAUUGUUUUGUUAUGGCGA